UCUUCGCGCUUGAUGUUGUGCUGCAAACUUCGCUGAGCUCCCCCCCGCGCAGCAGCCCGGACUGAUGGAUUGCCACCUGCUCGGACUAAUGCUUGCUGUGCUCUUCGAUGGCGCAAAGGUCUUAGCCGGGUACCCGAUUUGGUGGUCGCUGGCCCUCGGGCAGCAGUACAGCUCCCUGGGCUCCCAGCCGCUGCUCUGCGGCUCCAUCCCCGGGCUGGUGCCAAAGCAGCUCCGCUUCUGCCGCAACUACAUCGAGAUCAUGCCCAGCGUGGCCGAGGGGGUGAAGUUGGGCAUCCAGGAGUGCCAGCACCAGUUCCGCGGCCGCCGCUGGAACUGCACCACCAUCGACGACAGCUUGGCCAUCUUCGGGCCCGUCCUGGACAAAGCCACCCGCGAGUCCGCCUUCGUCCACGCCAUCGCCUCGGCCGGGGUGGCCUUCGCCGUCACCCGCUCCUGCGCCGAGGGCACCUCCACCAUCUGCGGCUGCGACUCCCACCACAAAGGACCCCCGGGAGAGGGCUGGAAGUGGGGGGGCUGCAGCGAGGACGCCGACUUCGGGGUGCUGGUGUCGAGGGAGUUCGCCGACGCGCGGGAGAACCGCCCCGAUGCCCGCUCGGCCAUGAACCGGCACAACAACGAGGCGGGCAGGACGACCAUCUUGGACCACAUGCACCUCAAGUGCAAGUGCCACGGGCUGUCGGGCAGCUGCGAGGUGAAGACCUGCUGGUGGGCACAGCCUGACUUCAGGGCCAUCGGGGACUACCUGAAGGACAAAUACGACAGCGCCUCGGAGAUGGUGGUGGAGAAGCACCGCGAGUCCCGCGGCUGGGUGGAGACGCUGCGCGCCAAGUACGCGCUCUUCAAGCCGCCCACCGAGCGGGACCUGGUCUACUACGAGAACUCCCCCAACUUCUGCGAGCCCAACCCCGAGACAGGCUCCUUCGGGACCAGGGACAGGACCUGCAACCUCACCUCGCACGGCAUCGACGGCUGCGACCUGCUGUGCUGCGGGCGGGGGCACAACACGCGGACCGAGCGGCGCAAGGAGAAGUGCCACUGCGUGUUCCACUGGUGCUGCUACGUCAGCUGCCAGGAGUGCACCCGCGUCUACGACGUCCACACCUGCAAGUAGCCCCUGCCCGCGCCCCGGCUGCUGGCAGCUUGGCUGCAGAGCGGCGCCCAGGAGGCUGGCAGCCCUGAGGGUGGUGCCCAGGGGGCUGGCAGCCUGGCUGCAGAGCAGUGCCCAGUGAGCUGGCUGCCCUGCAAGCGGUGCCCAGGGAGGUGGCAGCCUUGUGAGCAGUGCCCAGGGAGUGCCCUGGCACUCCUGGGGAUGGCACAGAAGAGCCCCAGAGCCCUCGGUCCGGGCAGCCCCUCCAUGCCGCCAGCAGCAGAGCAGCUCCCAGCACCCUGCCCGCAGCAGGCAGCUGAGGCUGGCACUGGCACCUUGGGUCCCUGAGCCGCCUCACCGCCGGCUGGGGAGGCACAGGGAUGGCAGAGGUCGAAGGGAGGCAUCACCACACCAGGCCCUGUGCUGCCAACAGCAGGCACAGAGCUUCCAGGUCUGGCUCAGGGAGACGCCACUGUGGAGGCUUCAGGUGGAAAGGAACUUUGCUGCACAGAACCUGAGCAGCUCCAGGCUCCCCACCCUGCUGGCAUGGCCUCCCUGCUGGCAUGGCCU